AUGAGCGGAGAACCAAAUAUCAAAGAAAAAGUUAUCAAGGGAGAUAUAAUGUAUCUCACUGAAGUAACAAGGAAAAAUGCAAUGCAUACAAAAGAAAAAAUUGAUUAUUCGAAACUCAAAAAUUUAAAUGUAAACUUAGAGAAUAUUAAACUUAGCAAAGGUAUCAAUAAACGACGUAUUUAUGGUAGUAAUAUACCUUUUACAAAAAUUGGACAAUGGGUUUGUCCAGUCUGUGAAAUUUAUUUUCGCGAUUCAGCUUUAUUCCUUAAACACUUAAACUCGCCGGAGCACAAUGCAAAGCUUGGUAUGUCCUUAAAAGUUAAACAGGUUUCAGACGAAGAAGUUCUUCAAAGAGUCCAGCAAUGGGAAGAUUUUUAUAUAAAAGGCAUUCCUGUACCACCUAUAUAUCGAGAAGCAAAACCUGAAGAUGAUGAUGCUUCGAAAUUAUCAGAAGAGGUUCAUUUUAAAUUUGUUCCUAGUUUUUCAGAGCCAAAUCAAGCCCCACAACAGCCAAAAGUUGAACCAGAACCAGAAAAAUCUUCUCCUAAGCAAGAAAAUGUAAAAGCUGAAGAAGAAGAUGCAGAAGAAGAAUACGUCUACGAAUAUGAAUAUCAGUAUGAGGAAGACCAACCUGAAUGA